AUGGCACCUCAAAUCAUCGACCUUCUCUCUGAUGACGAUGAGGAUUUCGAUCCAUCUUCCCGGCCAACUGCAAAGAGACGCGUUAGACAUCCUAGGCCGAGCCACAGUAACGAACCUAGCAGAGGCACCAGACAAGAUUUCACGUCUAAAAACCCACAAAUCCCGCGCGAGACGAUUGAUCUGAGUACCCUGCCUCGAAACACGGUAGAGAAUGAGUAUCUCGUUCGUAUCAAUGCAUCAAGAAGUUCCACUGUCAGUAGCCACACCGAACGUGGCAGUCCCACCGAGCCAUUGCAUUCUAUCGCACGAAGAGACAACGGGAAGGGAAAACAACGCCAGAUCGAGAUUCCAGAGAUCGACUUGUCUCAAGACGGCGACGAUCUUGGUGAAAAGAACCUCUCCAGCCAUGAUGAGGAGGAUGCGUCUCUUGGCUAUGAUAAUGGCGAUCUUAGUGAGGAUGAGGCGCUGCGGCAGGCGAUUGCCUUGUCGCUUCAGGAACGGACACCUCGUCGCCACGCAAACAAUGAAGCUGGCGCAAGCGCAAACUUAUCUUCAACCACGGUGAGUAAGGCACAAGGGAAACAGAGGUCAAACGCCCGGCCUCUCAAAGAGACUGCUCCUGCACGACCUGCAGAUGAAGUCGUGGUAGAUGCAGCACCGGACAAUGGAGUCAUUUCUCUUUCACCCACGCCUCCAUCCUCGCAUGCGAUGACAAAAGUGCCUCUACCUUCACCGGGAUCGACACCGGCACCACCACCAGCCUCUGCGGACCAGUCCCUUCCCAAUGUAGCCCAGGAUGGACCUGAAUUGUCUCUAGACAAGAGAGCUCCAGACCUCCAGGUAUCAAACCAAGACCCCAGUGCCAGCCACGGCAUGUUCAGCCUGGCGAGCCUCGACCGCCGACAAAUGGAGGCUGAGCGCCUGGCACGUCGGAAGCGCAAGCUCGAAGACGAAGGAUCGCACGAUGCUGGGUCCCAAGAAAGCGAGGGCCGCAAUGCCAAAGCACUCAAGCUCAGCCAACCUGUGUCGGUGAUGGCAACGGACCCUAGAGUUCCAAUUGGGACUGGAAUUGCAAAGACGCAGCCAACACAGUCAAAUGAGCAGCACCCAGGCCACGGCGUACGAAAGGACAGCAACGGCUCGAGACACCACAUACAAUUGCCAGAGAGAAACAUUCGAGAAACAGCACAAGCAGCGAGUAGCUUCCAGACUGAACAGCAGACAGGAGCUGCCAAACCAGCGUCACAAAGUUCGAAAGCUAGAAUUCCAGACAACAAGAAUGGCAAGGGCAAUAAUAGCCAUGUUGUAGCAGCUCCAACUGACACUGCAGCACCGAAUCCAAUACGCACCAAUCCUCCAUGCAUUCAGAUUGAUGAUGAUGAUAAUGACGGCGAAGGCUACAGCAAUAACACCAUUGGUACCAGUAUCAACAACAGCACCGCGAACCUCUACCCCCACGGCAUCGCCCUCAAGACAUACGUUACAGGCUACCCGUCCGACAGAACCAUCACGUUUGAGCGAGUUGUGUCCCCCUCGUCGCAGCUGGAGUCGUGCCUCCUGUCCUCCUUCAUUUGGGACUUUGACUGGCUGCUGCCGCACUUUGAGACACGACGCACAAAAUUUCAGCUGGUCAUGCACGCCAAAGACGCGCAGAGGCGGCAGGCGGUGGAGAGAGAUUUUCAGGGGGUGCCGAACGUGAGGUUGACGUUCCCGCGCGUGGGUGGCAAUAUCAGCUGUAUGCACAGCAAGCUGAUGCUCUUGUUUUACAAGGACGAGAGAGGGGAGAUGAAGACGGGCGCGGGUGCAGUUGCAGCCGCAGAAGCAUCGAUGAUGGGCCAAAAUGAGUUGUUUGGUGGUGGUGGUGGUGGUGGUGGUGGUUGGCAGCAGGGCAGCCGGAGAUGUCGCAUCGUGGUUCCUACGGCUAACCUCGUCGACUUUGACUGGGGCGUCGGCGGCUUCAUGGAGAACACAGUAUGGCUGAUCGACUUACCUGUCAAACAAGCCUCUGACGCAACGACCUCGUCAUCCUCACAUGGUGCGACAUCAACCGCAACGCCACCCGUAGGAGACAGCUACCAGACCUUGUUUGAAAAGUCCCUCAAGGAGUUUCUGAGAGCGCAGACCGUGCCCGACGACGUGCUGCACAAGCUGGACUUGUUCGACUUCCGCAAGACCGAACGCUACGGCUUCAUCCACUCGAUUGGCGGCACCCAUGUCGGGCAAGCAUGGCAGACCACCGGGGUCUGCGGGCUCGGUCGAACCAUCACGGAUCUUGGACUGGCCGCGGGCGCUGAUGGUGGUGGUGCUGGUCGCAGCGGACCCGUUCAGAUGGACUACGUGUCUUCAUCAAUCGGCAAUCUAAACGACGAGUUCUUGCAGUCCAUGUACCUCGCCGCCUCAGGCGACAAUGGCCUGAAGGCGGUGGAUCGAAGGGGCCCGCUUAAACAACAGGGAAGCUGGAAGAAAAACCUUCGCUUCUACUACCCGAGCGACAACACGGUCCGGACGUCGAAAGGAGGCCCCGACAACGCGGGAACAGUCUGCUUCUCGUCGGCAUGGUGGAACAGUCCCAAAUUCCCCCGAUCAAACAUGUACGAAUGUGUCAGUGUUCGCGAGGGUCUCCUCAUGCACAACAAGGUACGUUUUAUCCCCUAG